CUGGCCCUCCUUCUAACCCUCCUCCUCCUCCUCUUCCCACCAUCGCCACAACUGCAUCACCACCCGGCACAUCUCAUUGCUCUCCAUGCCUCCCUAUUGCACCUUGCGCCCCAUCCACCGCAACCAUUCGUCCGUGUCAGCCUCAUCCACAACCGCCCCCUGCUCCUGCAUCCACUCGUACAACCGCCUCGACCCCGACACCCCCACCGCUCCCCACAUCGACAUCACCGUCCGUAUCAACACCCCCCGGUACUGCCACUUCCCCCCUUCUACCUGCCAGAACCCGCCCGACGGGCCCCUCGCCUCGUGUCACCGGCAUAUCGCCUGCGGGAUCCUGCAAUCGAAACAACACGAAUAUGCCUCCCACCGGACUACCUGCUCCGCCCGCCCUACCAUCCUACGUACCACGCCCGUGUCCCUGUCCGGGCAACCUGUGCGCGCCGUAUACCUCCUCCCCCUCCCCGGUCGCCCGGCACCAUGUACAACCGGCCGACCGCUCGUGUAAUACCCCACGGAACACCUCCACCUCCAUGCUCUCCUCGGCCUGCCGCCUCCUCUCCGCCUGACCCCGCGUCCGCCGCUGCACCCGACCCCGCAGUAUCUCCGCCUCGAUCUCCAUGGCGCCCUCCUUGCCAUCCCCGGUGCCCUCGCUCGCUGCCGCCCCUGUGCUUGCGUGCUCCUCGCCCGCUGCCGCCCCUGUGCUUGCGUGCUCCUCGCCGUCCAUCUCCCUUGCCCUCUCCUGCCACCCCCUCUCUGUGACCCACCCUCGCC